AUGAUAGGGAAGACCUUGGUGUCUUCACGCCAGUGCCAGAGCCCGUUGACCAACAGGCAGCCCCACUGCCAGCCUGUCUCCUCCCUCAGCUCAUCCCCGGCCCCCUGGGGCGGCCACCCUCUCAGAGCUGAUCGGGUGUCGGAGCCGAGCUCUAGGAGCUGCUGGUGUGAGCUCGUGGCCCAGCUGGGAGUGGGUAACCGGAGCCGGCAGUGGGCACGGCGGCCUGGUGCUGGGGCACUGGAGCUGCAGGAGGUAGGAGAAGACGGAGGUGGCCUGGGGAGAGAAGAAACAUCCGACGUUGCCAUGAAGACUCUCCGGGCGCGAUUUAAGAAGACAGAGCUGCGGCUCCAGCCCACCAACCUCAGGUCCUGCCCACCCUGCAGCUCCUGCCCCAUCCCGAAACCAGCAGUCAGAGGCAGGAGCCAGAGCCAAGACUGGGGCAAAAGUGAUGAGCGGCUGAUGCAGGCCGUGGAGAGCAGCGACCCUGUGCGGGUGGCCUCCCUGAUUACCCGCAAGGGACUGGUGCCCACCAAGCUGGACCCCGAGGGCAAGUCCGCGUUCCACCUGGCGGCCAUGAAGGGGGCAGCCAGCUGUCUGGAGGUGAUGCUGGCCCACGGUGCCAAUGUCAUGAGCACAGAUGGGGCAGGUUACAAUGCCCUCCACCUGGCCGCCAAGUAUGGGCACCCACAGUGCUUGAAGCAACUGCUGCAGGCCUCCUGCGUGGUGGAUGUCGUGGACAGCAGUGGGUGGACAGCCCUGCAUCAUGCAGUGGCUGGUGGCUGUCUCUCCUGCUCAGAGAUGCUUUGCUCCUUCAAGGCACAUCUGAACCCUCGAGAUCGGUCUGGUGCAACGCCCCUCAUCAUAGCAGCUCGGAUGUGUCACACGGAUCUGUGCCGCCUCCUCCUGCAGCAGGGGGCUGCCGCAAAUGACCAGGAUCUGCAGGGCAGGACGGCCCUGAUGCUGGCCUGUGAGGGGGCAAGCCCCGAAACAGUGGAGGUGCUGCUGCAAGGCGGGGCCCAGCCUGGCAUCACUGAUGCACUGGGGCAGGAUGCGGCUCACUACAGUGCUCUGGCAGGGGACAAACUCAUCCUGCACCUCCUGCAGGAGGCGGCCCAGCGCCCCUCACCACCCAGCGCCUGACCCUGCUUCCAUCUCUCCUCUGCCCUCCUAGAGGAUGACUCAGGCGAGGCAUCAUCACAGAACUCUGUGUCCAGCCAUGAAAAGCGAGGGGCUACCAAGAAGCGGAAGGCACCUCAGCCUCCCGCCAGCACCCCCAUGCCGGAUGAUCGAGAUGCCUACGAGGAGAUCAUGUGGCUGCGGCAGGAGAGAGGCCGCCUCCUGCAAAAGAUCCGGGGCCUGGAACAGCACAAGGAACGGAAGCAGCAGGAGGAGGCAGAGGCCAGCUCCCUCCUGAGCCUGGAGAGACAGGUGCAGGAGCUGCAGCAGCUGCUGGCAGAGAAGCAGGAGGCGAAGGAGAGCCUGGGACGAGAGGUUGAAAGUCUGCAGAGCCGGCUGUCCCUGCUGGAGAACGAGCGGGAGAACACCAGCUACGAUGUGGCCACCCUGCAGGAUGAGGAGGGAGAGCUGCCCGACUUUCCAGGGGCUGAGACACUGCUGUCCAGGCGGCUGAGCCCAUCAGCACAGGAGCUGUUGGCCUCCCUCCAGGAGCAGGUGGCUGUGCUCACCAGACAGAACCAGGAGCUGAUGGAAAAGGUCCAGAUCCUGGAGAACUUCGAGAAGGACGAGAUGCAGAUGGAGAUGCAUGGUUCCACUGAGGUCAUCCCUCUGGCCCUAUACGACUCUCUCCGGGCUGAGUUUGAGCAGCUCCGGAGGCAGCAUGCCGAGGCAUUGUGGGCACUGGAGCAGACACAGGAGGCCCCCAGAGAGGGGGACAAGGGCAUGGCCAAUGCCACCAAAAACGGGCCAAUAGACACGGAGCUUAAUGGCAUCGUGGCCCUGGAAACCAAAGUUAACAGAGGUGAGACCACAGAUGAGGAGGCCGCAGUAAUCGAGGCCACAGAAGCUACACCCACAGGCGCUGAGGCCACGGGAGCUGAGGCCACAGCAAAGGAGCCCACAGACAUGGAGGUGAUGGAAACAGAGGGUGCGGGAGCGGAAGCCUUGGAAACAGAAGCCACAAGGGCUGAGGUCAUGGAAGUGAAGUCUGCAGAAGAAAGAGAGAGAGCUGAAACAAAGACAGUGGGCACCGAGGCCACAGGGGCAGAGGCCACAAAAACAAAAGCAGAGGAGCCAGAAGCAAAGGCCAACAGAGUGGGUUCUGUGGAGGCUGAGGUGGUGGGCACGGAGACCACGAACAUGGAGGCCACAGGAUCCGAGGCCACGGGAUCGGAGGCCACGGCCUCCGCUGGCCCCGUCCUCCACCCCGGUGCUGCUGAGGCCUCGGAGAAGCUGCAAGCCGAGCUGGAGACCAGGAUUCGCGGCUUGGAGGAGGUGCUCCGGCAGCGGGAGCGAGAGGCGGCGGCUGAGCUGGAGGAGGCCCGCGGCAAGCGCGAACACGAGCGCGUGGUGGGGGCGCUGCAGGCGGACGUGGUGCGGCUGGAGGAGCAGCUGCACGAGCUGGGUCGAAGGCACGAGAAGACUAGCGCCGAGGUCUUCCAGAUCACAGAACUUUCCAAAGAAGUCUUCAGUCUUAAGGAAGCCCUGAAGGAGCAGCCAGCCAGCCCAGCCACCCCCGAGGUGGAGUCCCUCCGUGGCCAGGUGAAAGCCUUGCAGCAGCUGCUGGAGGAGGCUGCCAGGGACCACUGUGCUGUGGUGGCUUUGUACAGGAGCCACCUGCUGUACGCCAUUCAGGGCCAGAUGGAUGAAGAUGUGCAGCGGAUCCUCAGCCAGAUCCUGCAGAUGCAGAGACUCCAGGCUCAAGGCCGCUGAGGCUGGAUGGGAGAGCCACACGGACCACCCCCACACGGAGCCUGAGCCCCCUCCAGGCCCCUCCUGGACCAGCUUCCCCUAGCCCCAUGGGGUGACUGGGCUCCUGCACUUGGACACCAGCCUGGGUCCCUUUCUGACUGUCCCUACUUGGCUCCAUCGCCCCACUUGACCCCUGCUCGCCCUGGUCAGUCUGGGCCCAGGUCCUGACUGCUCCCUCCCCACCACCGGAGAAUCUGUGAGAACCUGUGUCCUCACCAGAUGCCAGCCCAGGAAUAAAAACCUACUGUGCACAGGA